AUGGUGGUGGCGGAGGAUAAAGGGUCCUGCGCUUCGGCGGGAUGCGCGGCGGACCUGAACGCGAUGUGCCCCGCCGAGCUCCGGUCCGGCGGCGGCGCGGCCUGCCGGAGCGCGUGCGACGCGUUCGGGCGGCCCGAGUACUGCUGCAGCGGCGCGUACGCCAACCCCGGGACGUGCCGGCCGACGUCCUACUCGCAGGUGUUCAAGAUGGCCUGCCCGCGCUCCUACAGCUACGCCUUCGACGACCCCACCUCUACCUUCACCUGCGCCGGCGGCCCCGACUACACCGUCACCUUCUGCCCCGGCGCCACCCCGAGCCAGAAGUCGACCACGGUGCCGGCGGCCACAACGCCGACGCAGACGACGCCCACGCCGACGACGGUGCCUCGGACGGAGACGCCGACAACGACGGUGCCCGGGACGGAUAUGCCGGGGAUGAUGCCGGGGAUGACGUUCACGGACGCCAACCCGGACAGCAUGCCGAUGCCGAUGGGCGGCGAGGCCGGCACUGGUGGCGGUGGCAGCAUCCAGGGGCAGGGCGUGAUCCUCGGGGGCGCCAGCAGCGACGCCUGGCUCGCCAACAUGGCCACCGGCGACGUGAGUGGCGCGGCAGCGACACCACACCCGGUAGCCUCGGCGCGGCUAGUCGCCGUGCCAUUGGCGUUGCUCGUGCUCCAUCUGCUGCGGUAGAUGGAGGUCGCCGGAGCACUGAUUGAUCGGUGCAAUGUGUACGGGUGAAAAGAAAGAGAGAUUGGUUGUAGGAUUAGAUUUGGAGAAACCAUUGUAACAUUCCGUGUUGAUGGGAUUUUGUUGUAUGUAGGAGAUUGUUGGUUAAACUGAUGUUUUAGCUCAGUUCAGCUCCGGUAUAAUCAUUGUAACUCGACCGGCAUCGCUAACCGAGACAACGCAGGGACACUUAGGCGGUGUUUGUUUCAGUUUCAGGACCAGGUACAGCUUUUUUAGAACAAACAGCUAUUCGAAUCAG